UGGAGAGGAAGUGUACAGUGUCCUCCCGCGCCGUGGUACAUGAGACCCUGGCGUAAAAUAUUCCUGUAGCCUCCUGAAGCCACUGCGGCGUCGUGAACUAAUAUAAUAUAUUUUUCGAGAAUCUAGUACAUAUCACUAUAAGAUCUCGUAUCAUAAUGUUUAGAAUAACGUAAAAAAAAAAGACUUUAGAUUACGAUAUUUACAACCAUACUGUAGUUUACUGUGCGUCUUGAGGUAACCAAACUGUGUUAGUAGGACUGGUUGCUUGUAGUUACGCCUCACGCUGUAACUGUAAUAAAACUUGGACUUUCUUUAGUGAACUUUGAAAGGUGUUCCAUUAUUCCUACUCAAAUGUUAUUAUUUGGGUUAUUCUUCUGAAGGUGGACUUAACGAUUGAAAUAUCAUUACAAGAGGAGCGUGUGGGCAGACGUAGAGGUUAGAGAACAGGUGAAAGUGAUCCACUAAUUGAUCAGGAGGUGUGGUUUGGUGCGAGGUUAGAGAGUUACUGUGCUGUCUACAGGAGCUAAUAGCAGGCAAAGAACUCGAGUCUGUGGACGUACCUGGCAGUACUUGAUUAUCUGUAACUGAAGGUUGUAAAGAGAGCCGUGUAAUAAAUUCUACGCUGACUUGGACUUCCCAGCACACUCUUGAUUUCAACGAUGUUAUUGUUGAUAGAUAUUGAGUGAGAUGAAACAGGUGUGGUGAGUGUAUAAAUGUUGAUACCUGUGACUUAAUGAUCCAGGUACAGGUUAAUUAACUAUCUCAAGCAGAAAAAAAUAAAAACUGAUAAUUGUUGAAGCUACAGGAAUAUCCAGUGACGUCAAAUGUGAUGUGAAUUGACAAAAAUUGUGAAAUAAAUAAAAAAAACAAGGUAAAAAUCAUGGUUAUUAGUAUUGUGAACAGCGAAUGAUGACAUACCAGGUAACACUCUCACAAAAACUAUGUGUGAAUGUGAAACAAUUUUUCUUCUCUAUUGUUGAAUGGAAAAAAGUAUAAAAAAAUUGAAAGCAAAAUGUGCACACAGGAGUAAAAAAAUAUAUACACAUACAUAUAUACAUUUCAUCACAGAAGUUAUAGUUAUAUACAUUCAGAAUAUAUAUUGAGUAUAUUCUGGUGGUAUGGAAGUGAGUAAUAUCGACCUGUGGACGAUGGAGAGUGGGAGUCACAACCCCAUGGCUACCGCAGCUGUAGCCGCAGCCGCAGCCGCCAGCGAGGUGUGGGGGGGUUCCUCCUCCACCACCCACUCUCCCUAUGACACACCUCAUCUGCCUGAAGAUAAUGUGACUAUGACAUUUGAUCUCAACAAAUCCUGCCAGAAUGAUCACCGUCUGAUGGACUUAACUGAUUUCGAAUACGGUUACCGGAAGGAGACCUGGAUUCCUAUCACCUGCAAAGAGGUCAUCAAGAUAGUGGCGUACAUAAUGGUGUUCUUGGUGUCACUGGCGGGCAACCUGCUGGUGAUCGUGGUGGUCUACUACAACGCCCACAUGCGCACCUCCACCAAUCAAUACCUGGUGAACCUGGCCGUGGCCGACCUGCUGGUGACGCUGGUGUGUAUGUGGGUGCAUAUAGUGAGGAACCUGUCUCAUCCACACUACAUCCUGCCCGCCCUCGUCUGCAAACUGGAAAGCUUCGUACAAGCCACAUCAUUACUGGCCAGUGUGUUAACGUUGACGGUGAUCAGCGUGGGUAGGUUCGUGGCCGUCAUGUUUCCCCUACACGCCCGCACCUCGCCAGAUCGCGCUCACCGGGUCAUCGCCGUGGUUUGGCUCACCUCAGCUCUGUUGGCUUGCCCGCCACUCUUCUACCGGGAGCAGUACAGCAUUCAGUGGGCUAACUUCACCUCCUGGCACUGUGAUGAAUUCUGGCCUAUGGAGGUCCAGUUCAACCUUAAGGUGGGGCACUGUGUCACCACCUACGACGCUAAGAGACGCUUCUACAUCAUCCUCACCAUCGUCUUCUACUUCCUACCUGUGGGCAUCAUGUUCAUCAACUACAGCCUUGUAGUGUGGAAGCUGUGGAUGACCCAGUUGCCAGGUGAGCACUGUGUUCCAGCACGUAACACAGCAACACGCACCAAGAAGAAAGUAGUUAAGAUGGUGUCAGUCGUUCUGUUGGUAUUUGUGCUCUGCUGGACUCCCCUUCAGAGCAUCCUUCUGUACAGCAGUUUGGUUCACUCACAAGACAACUCGCUGCCCGAAUGGUUCUCUGAGGUGGAAUUCGCAGCUUAUUUCGUCGCCUAUUCCAACUCCGCCCUCAACCCCAUCAUCUAUUGUGGAUUCAACGCCAACUUCCGCCAAGGUCUGGUGUCUCUCCUGACCUGUAGACAUGCUUCCACCGGCAGGAUAUAUCACCGUCGUAACUGGAAAGGAAUGACAGGUGGCACACGGGAGACUACGGUGGGGUGCUCAGGGCCGGAACCUGCAGUACUACUGGAAUUUAACUCUAUUAAACGAAACAGGCUGGACCAUAAGUUCUCCAUGACGUCUUCACACAGCGGACGAGUCUUGAUGACAUGUUCCAACAAGGAUCUUCGCCAGAAUAACCUGAAUGACUUCGGUUCAGAUAACACUUGUAAGAACUACAAUGGCGGAGAACAGUCUCAGCUGAAGGGGGGCACAGGUCACAGCUGCCCCAACAUCAACAACGCCGUGUACAACAACCACCAUCUGCGACCCAACGACGUGGGCUUGACAAGGCAUCAUGAUGGUAAACUAGGCGCUCGAGCCUCCAACUCCUGGAGCAGCAACAGCGGUGCGGCUGUCGGGUGUGGAUGUUGUAAGAGCACCACCACCACCACCUCCCCGCUACACCACCACCAUCAGAUGUAUGACCUGAACCAUCUCAAGGAAGAUAUCAACAAUGACAUAAGAGAAGAUGUACUGUAAAAAGGGACAAAAAUACAUGAUGAUAAAUAUAUGGUAAAACCUCACAAAUAUGAAAUAAGGUCACACAUAAAUAUAUAUUUACUUUUAUAUAGGACCCGUCAUUUAAAAAAAAAGAUAUAUUAACUUUGCUAAAAGUCUUAAAGUCUUAAGUGAAGUUACCUGUAGAGGCUUAGAAUGUCGUAAGUAUAUUAGCUGUGUGAUUUAUGUAGAGGAACACUUGUCUUUAAAAUGACUUACAAUCCAGGACAAGCGAUGGUGAAGGUCAUCUUCCUGUGAGCUGUACUCUGGGGUCAAGUUGUCUUAGGUAGACACACCCAGUAAACAACAAUACUGAAAGCGCAUAAAAGCAUCCUGGAACAGAUCAGGUUCAGUGAUGUCUUAUAAAAUAAAGUUAUUUAUUUUUUUAAUGAAAAACGUUUCAUAGAAUAUAUAAAAAAAUCAUGUAGUUUUGAUACUGUGGUAAAACGUCGAGACGAUGAGUUACACCAUAACCAAUAAUUGUGUAAAUGUUGCAUAUCGUAUUAUAAGGUUUAGGUAUAAAUAGAAAGUAUUGAUUCUAAAUUCUGGAUUAUUAACUACAAAUAAUAGAAACAAAACUAAAAAAAAAGUGUUAUUAGGAAGAAAUUUCAGGGGAGAAUUCACACCACUUGAGACAGUCACUAGAACAGUCAUACGAUAGGGUUGUGUGUAAGUAUAGAUUCUAUGAAAUAUAAAUGUUUGAAAACUAAAUUAUUACUAAACAUCACAGGAAACAUCACCUUGUAUAUACACCUAAAUCAUGAUAAUUACCCGUUUAAUUAAUGUGCAUAAUUCUUUUUGUUUUGAAGCAAACUCAGUCUCGUUACAGAGCAGAUUGCUUUAACUUCGUGUAAAUAAGUGUAAAAUUUGAAGGCUGGAAAUGUUAAAAGAAAUAUAUAUACUGUGUCCAUACAAUGACAAAUCGAGACUCUCUUGUACUGUAACUUACAAAGUAUUAAAGGUAUGAUAUAAGACCUGCGAAGUGUUAAAAACUGACCUGAAGAUGUGAUGAUUUACUGUGUUGCUUGAGAGCUUCUUCCGUGGUUGAGGCAGACCCAGUGAUCAGCUCUUGGUCAUCCACCCCCUAAACGAUGUCGGUAGUUUGUGUAAUAUGUUCACUCCUACAAAUCCCACAAAACAAGAACAGCGAUCCAAACUAUGACUUACGAAUGUCUUAGAAUAUGAAGCAUAUAUAGAGCUACAAAUACUGUACUGAUGAAUCUGAUGAUCAUUAUUCAGUGACUGUGUAGAUGUUUGUAAUAUUCUUAUUUCCUUUAUGUUUGGGGUUUAGCACGUCGUUAACAUGUUUGUGUUGCUUCCUCACACAAACCUUAACUGGGACAUCAAUUAUUACAGUUGGUGGCUGAUGAGUGUGGUAGUCGUUGGUACUUUGGUUUAGUCUCUGUACGACUGCACUAAACAAGGUUAUUAUUGUUACCAUGGCGGUAGAUGGCGCUGGAGCAUCUACUACUAUGAUUGCUACUACCUGUACUUGACUACUAUUGCUACUACUAUUAUUAUUACUACUACUACUACUACUAUUAGCAUAUAGCAGUAACAAUAGCAACAAUCGUCCUUUAGAGUCCCAGCGCCAAUCACUGUUGUAACUUAAAUAAACUUCUGUAUACAUGACGCAUCAUUAAUAUCUACUGCGGUUGUGCACAGAUUAGCUUUUCUUAUUCAGUGCCAGAACAAAUGUACAAAAGUAAAACAAAUAUAGUCUUAUAGUCAUCACUGUGCACCCAGAAUGUACAGUGAUAGGGAGGACAUGAACUUAAGUGAUGGUUAUUUGUCCCAGUUAAAGUAUUCAUAGACACCAAUAUUGACAUAUAACCCACUUUAGUACUGGAGGUUUGGUCGAAGAUGGAAAAAAUAAUAAUCUGGUAAUGGCUACAAUGAAAUCCUCGAAUUAUGAGCAAGAAAAUAACACAAUGUCAGCAUAUUUCAUAACGACAAAAUGUAUUCAAGUUUUGGAGAGUUCCGUAAGCCGACAAAAUGUAUUCAAGUUUUGGAAAGUCUCGUAAGCUUCAUAAUGACCAGAUUCAUAAUGUUGAAGAAAAAUAAAACUCUACUGCAAGUUACUUUGAUACUAUUAUAUUUAUCUACGUUUUUUGGCAGCAUUUCCAAAGUAAGAUGAUUUAAUGGGAAUUUUAUACACUGUGAACUUUUUCAGCCUUGUGUCGUUGCUGUCAGAUAUAUUUAUUGAUAUCGUGUAGUUUAUUUAAGCUUGUAUAUAACACUGAUGGCCAUUUUAUUUCUGGGGAGUAAUAAAUAAUUCUUGCAAAAAAAGAUGGCAAGUCUAUCGAUAAUAAUAGUCAACAUUAAAGAACAAAACACAAGGAACUGACUACAUAAACUUGUACCUAAAUCUCUUUAGCUCUUGAUACCUAUAUUUAUUCAUAAACUUCUACCUAAUUACUUUUAAGGAGAAUAAACCUACUGUGUUUAUCAUUAUUUAAGUUCUUGUUCGUCUGUGGCAACAAUAUUUUUUUUUCCCAUGAUGGUGACAUAACUGCUAGGAAAAUAAACCCUAGAUGUGCUUUAUAUCUUUAUUUCUGUGUGUAGGAAAUACAUUAAUGAUGCUUUAACCAGGUAGGAGGAAAACAUCAGAAGGAAAAAACAAAAUACACUGUUUAUAAUAUCUCAUGACGAUAUAUUGUAACAAGGAUAUAUUAUUGUAAACCUUAUUAACUAAAACCAAAAGAAACUUGA